AGACCGCUGGCUAUCUCGAUCAGAAUAGCUCGUUACCGGUGAGGCUGUUUGCUGCGGCGCGAAGCCAUAACCGGAGAAGCCCGUUUUUUUGCGCACCUCUCCUCCUGCUCCGUCUCCUGUUCCAAAAAAAACACCAAAGCGAACCUGAACCGAAGAUUAACCAUCUGUGGGUUCAGGACAGAGAUCUCUUUAUGGGCUCACAAUGCGCAGGAUACGGGCCAACGCCAUCGCUAUCUUGACCGUAGCGUGGAUCCUGGGAACAUUCUAUUACCUGUGGCAGGACAAUAAACCGCACUCAUCAUCCUCAGUCUCGCAGCCCCACGUCGCGGACAUCAGGAGACAUGCCGCCCAUCGAGACGACAGGACCAUUCCGUUGAUUGUGACCCAGUCUCCGUGGGCGGAGCAGCAGCAGGGUCAGCUCAUAGGUAGUUUCGAUGAGAAGGCGUACCUGUUGGAGAAACAGCUGAAGGCGGGAGACGACCCCUACAGAGACCACGCCUUCAACCUGGCCGAGAGCGACCGACUCGGCUCCGAGCGGGCCAUCAGAGAUACACGGCACUACAGGUGUGCCUCCGUGAAUUAUGACGCUACCCUUCCUCCUACGAGCAUCAUCAUCACCUUCAACAAUGAGGCUCGCUCCACCCUGCUACGCACCAUCAAAAGUGUCCUGUUGAGGAGCCCUCCCUCUCUGAUCCAGGAGAUCAUCCUGAUAGAUGACUUCAGUACUGAUCCUGAGGACUGUCAACUGCUCUCUCAGAUCCCCAAAGUACGCUGCCUGAGGAACGGACGCCGAGAGGGACUGAUCCGGUCCCGGGUACGAGGGGCAGACUCAGCCUCUGCCUCUAUCCUGACCUUCCUGGACAGCCACUGUGAGGUCAACACUGACUGGCUACAGCCCAUGAUCCAGAGGGUCAAAGAAGACCGUACCAGGGUGGUCAGCCCCAUCAUCGAUGUCAUCAGCCUGGAUAACUUUGCCUACUUGGCAGCUUCAGCUGACUUAAGGGGAGGGUUUGACUGGAGUCUACACUUUAAAUGGGAGCAGAUUCCCAUCGAACAGAAGAUGUCCAGGAAUGAUCCCACACUGCCUAUCAGAACUCCAGUGAUUGCAGGAGGGAUCUUUGUGAUGGACAAGAGCUGGUUCAACCACCUGGGGCAAUACGACACUCACAUGGACAUCUGGGGAGGAGAGAACUUUGAGCUUUCGUUCAGGGUGUGGAUGUGUGGUGGGAGUCUGGAGAUUCUGCCCUGCAGCAGGGUGGGACACGUCUUCAGGAAGCGACAUCCCUACGACUUCCCAGAAGGCAACGCUCUCACAUACAUCAAGAACACGCGUCGGGCAGCGGAGGUGUGGAUGGAUGAGUAUAAACAGUACUACUACUCAGCAAGGCCCUCAGCCCAGGGCAAGGCCUUUGGCAGCAUUGCAGACCGGCUGACUCUACGACACAAGCUGAACUGCAAGUCCUUCCAUUGGUAUAUGGAGAACGUUUACCCUGAGCUAAGGAUCCCGGAGCGGGAUGCAGUGACCAGUGUGUUGAAACAGGGAGGGUUGUGUCUGGAGAGCCUUGGUUCAGACAGCCUGGGCCUAGCAGAGUGUAGUAGAGGCUCUGGAGCGAUGAGGCCACAGUCACAGAGAUGGCAGCUGGUGGAGCCUCUUCUCCGCCAGCAGGACAUCUGUCUGGCCAUCACAGCUUUCACUGCCGGGUCAAAGGUCAAGAUGGAACCCUGCAACAUGAAAGAGCCCCGACAGAAGUGGAAGCAGAAAGGGCCGACCCUGCAGCACAUGGUUAGUGGUCUGUGUCUUGACAGUCAGCUUUCUGUUGGCCCUCCUGCCAUCACUCAGUGUUGGCCCCAACUGGCCAGUCAGGUCUGGGAGCCACAACUCAUCACCUGAUUACAUUAAACCUGGUGGCCGGAGAGAAGAGGUGGAAGAGGAAGAGGAACUCUGGUGGCCGGAGAGAAAAGGAGGAAGAGGAACUCUGGUGGCUGGGGAGAAGAGGAGGAAGAUGAAGAGUUUGGUGGAAUGGAGGAGAGGAGCGAAAGAGGCAGAGGCGAUAUUGGGCUUGGCAUGCAGAGGACACAAAGAAUCACGUCUGUCUCCGCACUGUCCUCCUUCCCUCCGUGGGAGACUGAGGAGAGAGAGAGGGGAGACAAGAAUGUGGUAAACAACUCUACUUUGUUGAUGUUUACCCCGGAUGUUUCUGUCACGAGUGUCAGACUGACAAGAGUCACACCAAGGAGCCUGAGAUGAAAGACCUGGAGGCCUUCAACAACCGACCUGGAACGGACACAAGCCUGUUAGAGGCCUCAACUGUACAUUAUCAGAAGUCUGUGCCCAUAUUCAUAAAGAGUCUCAGAGUAGGAGUGUUGAUCCUAGAUCAUAAUGAAUAACAUUACAUGGACCUGGGGGACCUGAUCCUAGAUCAUAAUGAAUAACAUUACAUGGACCUGAUCCUAGAUCAUAAUGAAUAACAUUACAUGGACCUGAUCCUAGAUCAUAAUGAAUAACAUUACAUGGACCUGGCGGACCUGAUCCUAGAUCAUAAUGACCUGGGGGACCUGAUCCUAGAUCAUAAUGAAUAACAUUACAUGGACUUGGGGGACCUGAUCCUAGAUCAUAAUGACCUGGGGGACCUGAUCUUAGAUUAUAAUGAAUAACAUUACAUGGACCUGGGGGACCUGAUCCUAGAUCAUAAUGACCUGGGGGACCUGAUCCUACAUCAUAAUGACCUGGGGGACCUGAUUCUAGAUCAUAAUGACCAGGGGGACCUGAUCCUAGAUCAUAAUGAAUAACAUUACAUGGACCAGGGGGACCUGAUCCUAGAUCAUAAUGACCUGGGGGACUUGAUCCUAGAUCAUAAUGACCUGGGGAACCUGAUCCUAGAACAUAAUGACCUGGGGGACCUGAUCCUAGAUCAUAAUGAAUAACAUUACAUGGACCAGGGGGACCUGAUCCUAGAUCAUAAUGACCUGGGGGACCUGAUCCUAGAUCAUAAUGACCUGGGGGAUGUGAGACGCGUUAUGAAUAUGGGCCCAGGUCUUACCUGUACACUGUCACAACUUCAACUGUUUCUUGCACAUCUCACAUUUUAUUGUCCUUCAAUAAAUCCCGGACAACAAAUUGCAAAAUGUGUAUAUUUCACUGAAUAGCUGUUUUUAAAAAAGUGUUCACGUAAAGCAUUUUCAGGAACAUUAUUUGUUGUUUUGCAUGGUCGAGCCCCAAAAUAAUGUUUAGUUUUUUUCUUUGUGAUUUUUAUGUAAAUAUUAAUAAACACAAAAAAUCUGCUUGGAUUUUGCAUUCAAGUUAAAGUA